ACCUUAGCUAAAAAAGUGUAACAAACAUAAGUUAUAAAUAAGAAAAAAACACUGUGAAUGUUAUUAAAUAAAAUAUCGAUUUCGUUUAAAGAAAUACAAAAUAAAAGGAACUCUUUUUUUCGGCGCAAUGAUUGGGAAUGCUCAUUGUCACUUCCGUCUAAUUCUGACUACAACAUCGAGCAACAUGUCAAACAAAAACGCAUCUGAAAACGAUAUACAGAAACUUUAGUGUGAUAUCUCAGUGAUUAUGGCGUCGACUAAUCAAGUAAUUAAGCAUAAUUGUGUAUGUCUUAAUCAUCUAAAGGAGAAUUCUUCGCGAGAAAGUUACGAAACCGGUACAAAAGCUGUUGUACUUGUAGACACGGACCUAGCUUGGUGUUGCGAAAAGUGGCGAAGACCGCUUAAAAUAGAAGUCGGACACUUCCAUUGGUGUGGUGGAACUUUUGUUAAACUUUUAUCACCCAUACCUUGAUCGGUAAGUUAUCAAAAUGUGGUGUUAAGAGAUUGUUAUUGUGAUGAAUCGGAAUUCUAGACAAAGUCAAGCCCAGUGCCGCGGUUUUGGAGGUGGAUGUGCAAACAAUAGCAACUUUCACAAGUUAUUGCGGUUAGAUAGUGUUGGAGAAGUAACAUCUGGAAGAAAGCCCAUGAACUUAAAUCAACCCAUAGAACGUACUCAGAAUAACAAAUCAAAUCAUAUUAACAGCACAAUGGCAAUUCUACAACCAACAUUAUUUGAAAGUUGGAACUCGGGAUGUGUAGCUUCAAACAGCCUUACUUGUUCCCACCAGUCAAAACCAUUCACACUCUUUAAGAGCAUGUUUUUGUGCAACAACAACAACCCAGGGCGAUUGUUUCAGUACACCAGUGCAGAUAUUACCAACAGAAAUACAGACUUUUGUUCAAUGGACAACUCAGGUAGUGUGAAUUCCAAACGGGCCAGAUCAACAAUUGAUAAUUUGUGUAGCAAUCAUAUUCAACAAACCAUGGUAAUUCCAGAGUGUCAAAAGUACAUUCCCCCUCCUUUGAGGGUGGGGCAUGAUCAUAAUAAACCUUGUAUUACUCCUUAUAAUGCAAGGUUGCUUGCUAAUAGUCGGAAAGUUGACUCGUCGGAACCCAAACUUCUAGCACACUCCAUGAAUACCCAGUCCAACGUAUGUGUAAGUAUUGACAGAAAAUGCUCAGACGACAGCAAAAAAAUACAAAUUUCUGCUGAUUUAGUUAAAUGCAUAUUGAAGGAAAACAAGGUACCGGAUGAGGCUGUUGGGAAAAGACAACAAGGUUGUGGUCCAAUAAAUAACAUUGACAGUGUUAAUAAAGAAUCUUCUACAUCAAGCACUGACUGGUUCGAAUAUAAUUGUCAGAGUAAAUAUGUCCCAAUUGUAAUAAGUAAAGACAAACUGAAGAGUGAAAACUUGUCAAAAGCAGAAGAGUCUAAAAAUAUUAUUUCGCAACAUGCAGAAAAACAAAGUGGCAUUCACAGUUGGUUCAGUAAUGAAUUUGACGAGAACGUACAGAAAACUGUGAACUUGCAUUCAUCUAGUCAUGACUGUGAUAAUGUUGAUGAGAAAUGCUUUGUUUCACAAAAUGUGUUGCCUAUCAAAUCAAACAGUUCAACAAUAAGAGAACAGGAAUGCAUCACAGAACUUCAACCAGCUGUGUUGUUUUGCAGAGCCGUCGGCAAAAAAGCUCGGCCCUCAAAAAAGAAAAGACGUCAACAACAGUCUCGACAGAAAGCUCCUCUAGUUCUGGAUUCACAUAGAGGUAAUGAAAAAAACAGUGAAGCUUCUAUGAAACUUGAUAAUACUGUGUGCAUCAACAUUCAUUCAUUCCAGUUUACCUGUGAUAGCGAUACAUGUAGUUCAGAUUGGAGUGAUGAUGAAGGUGAAUUUGAUGAAGAUUUCUCGUCUCUUGAAGAGGACAGAGAUCUUGGUCUUCGCUGCAAUAAUCUAUUUACCUCAUUGAGCAUUUUAAGUGGUCCCUGCGCCAUUUCAAAUGCAUGUGAUAACGAAAACUCUGCUGUGUCUUCAAGGUUGCAGGCCAUAAAUAACUCCUGGCAGGCACAAAAUGAGUCUCAACCAACACAACAGAGGCAGUCAAAGAAACAGGUUCGGUUUGCAGCAGACCAUGAUUUGACUUCAGUCCACACUAUCAUAGCUUGGGGACACGCUUACGCAGCAGCCAGGAAAGGUCCUUGGGAGGAAUAUGCCAGAGAUCGGGCUCGGUUUGCUCGGAGGAUUGAGGAAUGUGGUGCUGUUCUGAAUCCAAUUCUCUCACCAAUUCACAGAUCCAAUGUGUUCACUCAGCGGUUAAUGGCUAAUGAUAAUUAAGCAUUUACUUUCACUGUUUCAUGCCAAGUGCCUUUUUAAUGUUUUAUCAUUUUCAUAUUUGUACGCAGGUGUGGGUCAUUGAAGUACCUGAUUAUGUUUUGGAAGUGUUUGAAUGUUCAUUAUCUUAUCAGAAGAGGCUUUUAUUUUAUUUGUUUAAUUCCAAUUUAGAAAUUGGCAGAGUGACAUUUUUAUAUUAAUAAAACAGUAAAUACAUGUUACAUAUGUAUUUGUUUAUUUAACAUUUCAUUAUAUGGGCCUCCUCCAAAAUAAGAUGGGUCCCUUUUGACUAAGAUAAUUUUUUUCUUGAUUUUCUAAAGGUCAUUUAUAUCUUAUAAUUUUAAUUCAUUCGCUUAUGGUUUUAAAUAAUAGUAAUCAAAUUGUUUAUUUACACUGUUAAUUUACAGACGCAUAUAAUUUUAAGUGCAUUAUUUUUAGUGCAUUUACAAGGUAAUAUUUUGGCAGUAUUUUUUCUCUUUAGAAAUUAUUAUCUGAAGUAGUUAAUUUUUAAUAUCUUUAAGUUAAGGUUUAAUUGACAUGAAGAUUAAACUAUUCUACAGGUAUGCAAGUUAUAAUUGUAUAAUUUUUAUUAAUAUUAAUCACAGUUUUCUUUGUCCCUGUUGUUUCCGAAUUCAUAUUUAAUGGUUGUUUUAACUGUAAAAUGACAUUGAAGUCUUUAACAAAUGUUCCUUUGAAGAUUGCUUGUUAUAAGUUGUAUAAAAUGAUUGUAGUACUAGUGACCUUAAGAUAAGGUGGAUGGUUAGCUAAAGUCAAAAUUGAGGACAAUACAAUUUGCCGGCAUGGAAAUUAUUCGGGUACAUUAAAUAUCAAUGCAUGAUAAAUUUAUUCUGUUUUAUGAGUUAAAUUAAUGCUUUCAUGUUUACAUGUGUACUUCAAAAUGUAUUUCGUAAGAAGUGAUUUUUUGUUUAGUCUGUGUUUACAUAACUGUCAUGGAUGAUGAAAUAAACAUGUAACUAAGGAAAUGUUUAACACACUGAAUUUAUAGAUCUCACUAAAGGCCAUAAAUAGAACACACUGAAUGUAUAGAUCUCACUAAAGUCCAUAAAUAGAAAUAACCUCUGAAGGUAGGGUGGACAUUCUGUUUGACAUGUUUAAGGAAAUUCAAAUUGCAGCAUCUCUGUUUGUGUUAUUUAUUAUACAUGUAAUAAAUAUGAAAACUUG